AUGACGGGAUCGUGGAUUUGGCUCAUCCUCAUCGCGGCCGUCGUCAAUGGGCAGCAAACAGGGAGCCACCCGGACUGGCCAAGGUGGUGCGGCAAGCCUUAUCAACCAGGGUAUCCAAACUUUGACCCCGGCGGCCAGACGUUGCCUCCCGCUGUUGUGCCCGGGCCCCGGCUCAUACAUGUCCAGUUUCAGCCCCGGUAUAGCCUCUACCUAGACGGCGAGCAAUAUGGCGAAUUCAUCGUCAAUGCCGAGCUGUCGCAGUACCACGGCUUGCCCUGGCCGAACAGUUCCAGUUCGUCCAAGGGGGCAAACAAGCUGGUGUUCUCCAUCAACCUCGUCGAAGACGACGAGCCCCUAGUUCAGAACACGGUUAGCAUCAAUACAAAGGGGAGUCUCUUCAGCUUUGAACUGUCCCGUCUGGGGAAGCCAAGGCUUGAGCCCAUCCCCGUGGUGCUGUAUGGCGCUCCCGAGGGAGGAGUCCCUACCUUCACGGUCACGGGCUCGCUCUCCUACCUCCCAGAGAAGACCAAUGGCAGCGUCACACGCAUCGACAACCUUCACGGCGGCCUGUGGGUUCGGAACGCGGCCUCGAAGCGCACCUUCACCCCGUUCUUUCCCUACGGUUUCUACGCCUCGUACGACGGCUUCCUCCGCAACAACGACACGUCUCUCAUCCAGCGCACCUACACCUCUCUGGGACUCAACGCCAUGACCCCGCUGACCACCUACUUUGACGCCCCCGCCAUGCUGGACUACAUGUCCCAAACCAACCUCCGUUUCAUGUACGACCUGCGCGAGGGCUACAAGAACCUGUCCUACGUCCGCGCCAACACCCUCGCGGCGCGCGACCUCGACGGGCUCUUCGCCUACUGGACGGCCGACGAGCCCGACGGGUGGCAGGAUCCCUUCUUUGCGCCGCUCGCGGCCUACGACCUGAUUCGUGCCCUGGACCCGUACCAUCCCGUGGGCGUGGUCCUCAACUGCCAGAACUAUUACUUCGGCCCCUAUUCCGCCGCUGCCGGCUUCCUCAUGGCCGAUGUCUACCCGAUCGGUAUCAACUCGACGUACUCGAAAUGGGGCACUCCCUGUAACGAGACGUAUGGCGACUGCGGGUGCGAUAACUGCGGGGGAAUCGUGCAGGAUGUGGUGAGCAGGCUGGAGGACUGGAACCGCUAUGAAACAUGGCUGGGGAGGUGGCGCAAGACGAGGUUGUUCAAUCCGCAGGCCUUUCACGGGGAGGAUUACUGGCUGAGGGAUCCGAGUGCGGGGGAGAGCUGGGUGAUGGUCAUGCUGGCCGUGAAUCAUGGCGCCCAGGGCAUCAUUUCGUGGGUUUGGCCGACGAGUGACGUGUUGGCUGGUGCGCACGGGGCGUUGGCCAAAGUGCUGACUUCCACGGAGGUGGCGGGGUUUGUUGUUGGAGGUGACGGGCCGGGCCGAAUAGACGUUGAGGUGCCGGGGACAGAUGUGGUCGAUGUGGCGCGGUGGGUUGUAGACGGGAAGAUGUUGGUGAGCGUGGUUAAUGGAGGGUACGUGGAUGUUGACAGUGUGGAGGUGUCGGUCCCCAACGCGACAGUCAUUGAGAGUACGCCGUGGGGAAGCGUGGAUUGGAAGUUGGAAGGGGAGAGUUUGUCGGUUGCGCUGCUGCCGGCAUUGGCUACGAGUUUAGUAGUGGUGGAUUUGCGUGGAUGA